AUGGAUGCUAGGGUACCGGAAAGCUUUCGCCUUCCAAAGAACGUCAAGAACAGAGAUAUUAUGAUGUGUGUGGGCGACAAGCAUUCUAUCUACGCCCGCACCACUGUCAAAGUCCUGCGCGAGGUCCUUGAGUCCGAGCUUCCGAUCGAAAUCUACUUCGCCGGAGAUCGGGAUCUGAGCAAGGAGAAUCGGCAAUGGUUUCAAAGGUUUGACAACAUGACUGGUAUCGACACUACGACGAGACUCGAUCAGCACCUGGUACAGAUCUCGGGACCGAUGAUCAAGCCCUUUGCCAUGUUGACCUCGCAGUUCUACGAGGAUCCGGCCAUUUUAUUCGAGGAUGGAGGCUACAAGGAAGUAGGCACGGUCUUCUUUUACGAUUGGACUGUACUCAAUAAAACGGCCGGUGUCAAUAAGAGAGCAUGGCUGGCUUCGUCACUGCCCUCGGUUUCAAACCGCCCUUCAAAAACGCCUUGGUUCCGCUCCAAAGGUGAUCAAACCCAAGACUCUGGUGUGAUCGUACUGAACAAGAAAAAGCACUUUCUGGGUCUUCUCGCAAUCUGCAAGAUGAAUGACUUCUUGGAGCGGAAUCAGGCGGCAUUCCAAUCCGCCUGGAGCGAGAAGGAGUUUUGGAUCGGAAUGGAUAUGACUUUUCACGGGACAUUGAUGGAAGUCGAAUGGAACCUACGGUUGACGGUGUUUGAGAUGCUGCGCCAUGACCAAGCGGUGGCUCAAGAGCUGAACCAGCCAAAGGUCAAAGACAUUCUCCCUAUUGCACGACUCGUCAAGGCCGAGGACGCUAAAGGCGGAAAGGGCAACAAUGAAGCUGUCUGA